AUGACCUCAGCACAUCCUUACCCAGGGAGCCUCAGAAGCCCCCUGGCAGGCCAGCUGUCCAGCAGAAGCUCCUGCAGGACGAAGGACUCCAUGGAUGCCACCUCCCUCUUCCUCCUCAUCAUCAUCACCCCCAAUGUCCUCGGCAACAAGGCUGAGAUCUCUGCACGAGGCCCCUACCACCCUGCUGAGUGCUGCUUCUUCUACAUCUCCCAUGCUGUCCCCCAUCACCGGAUCGUGGAUUACUAUGAGACCAGCAGUGAGUGCUCCAAGCCUGGAGUUGUGUAGCUUCAUCACCAAAAAAGGCUACCCCAUCUGUGCCAACCCCCAGGAUGGCUGGGUACAGGACUACAUCAAGGACCUGGAGGAGAAUUUCGUCACCAUAAAGAACCGUGAGGUCUGCACCAACUUCGAAGACAACUGGGUCCAAGAGUACCUCCAGGAUCCUGACCUGCCUCUGCUGCCUCCCAGUACCCUGGCCUGAAGUUAAAACCAUCUGAUGAAAAAGCAACCAGCCCCAGCCCUGGCCCAGCCCCUCCUCCCCUGGGAGGCUCAGCCUUGGGUUUGGAGAUGGAAAGGGGUAAACCUGCACCAACAUAGGCAGCCUCUCAGUCGGAGGCAACACAAUCACAUUGAAACAGGCCAGUGAU